AACAUUAGAUUUAAGAAAGAAAAUGUGAUCCUUGUUGAAUUGAUGCCAGGGCCCAAGGAAGCAAGCAUGUCUGACAUCAACAAUUAUUUGAAGCCUCUAGUCGAUGAGCUGAUGGAGCUGUAUACAGGUAUUAAGAUCAAAACUCAUCAAUGUUCAAAUGGUACUACUAUCCGAGCAGCCUUUCUCAUGGUUGCCUGUGAUAUACCUGCUGCAAGGAAAGUAUGCGGGCUCACAUCCCAUACUAGUACAAAUACAUGCCACAAGUGUAAGUAUCAAUUUUUGAGGUUGGCUGGAACGAGUUCUGUUGAUUAUUCUGGAUUUGAUUUCUCAAAGUGGCUCCUUUGCACUAAUAAUGACAAUUGUAAGAAUGCAGAGGUCUGGAGAAAUGCAACCACACAUACUGAGAGACAUUGUCUUGAGGUUGCAAAUGGUGUUUGCUGGUCCAAACUGCAUCAUCUUCAGUACUUUGAUGUUGUCUGCUGCACGAUUGUCAAUCCAAUGCACAAUCUUUUCUUAGGCACUACCAAG